CAAAUAGAAGAAGAUACCAAAUAGGAAACGAGAGCGUUGUCGUCGUCAUUGGUCAAUCCUAUCCACAAACAGACACAUAGAGAGCUUUAAUGUUUUCUCUUUAUCAUCAUCAUCUCCUCUGUUUUUCAAUGGCUUCAAUAGUUCCUCUUCUCCGUACUCUCAACUCUCUAAACCUCACGAAAUCAUGCUAUUAAACAUCUCUUCUUCUCCAAUUUCUCAUCGUAUCCCUCACUUCCUCUCUACCUCCAUCAACCCCGCUUCAAAUUUUCCUCCAAUAUCCAAAACUCAUCUCUCAAAAUCUCAUCUUUCAACCAAUCUCUCAAACCAUAGUAGUCUCUACGGUACCAAGAACAGAGCUUUAUUCAGAAACAAGAAGAGACACCUACAUCACAGUCCACGAGCUCUCGCUGGAUUCGAUACCGGUAGUUUCGAAUCAGUUCUUGAAGCUUGCGCUGUUCUCACAGCGAUCGUCGUUGUCCACGAGACUGGUCACUUCUUAGCUGCUACUCUUCAAGGUAUCCGUGUGAGUAAGUUCGCUAUAGGGUUUGGUCCGAUUCUAGCUAAGUUCAAUUCCAAGAAUGUUGAAUACUCUCUUAGAGCUUUCCCUUUAGGUGGUUUUGUUGGAUUCCCUGAUAACGAUCCCGACAGUGAUAUCCCUGUAGACGAUAAAAACCUUCUCAAGAACCGACCGAUUUGGGAUAGAGUGAUUGUGGUUUCAGCUGGGAUUGUCGCUAACGUUGUCUUCGCUUACGCUAUAAUCUUUACUCAAGUUGUAUCUGUUGGUUUACCAGUUCAAGAAUCGUUUCCUGGAGUUCUUGUUCCUGAUGUUAAAUCUUUCUCUGCUGCUUCUCGUGGUGGAUUGCUUCGUGGAGAUGUUAUCUUAGCCGUUGAUGGCGUUGAGCUUUCCAGUUUCGGUUCUGAUUCUGUUUCUAAAGUUGUUGAUGUUGUUAAGGCGAAUCCGGAGCACAAUGUGUUGCUUAGGAUCAAAAGAGGGAAAGAGGAUUUCGAAAUCCGGAUCACUCCGGAUAAGAGUUUCGAUGGGACUGGUAAAAUAGGUGUUCAGCUAUCACCGAAUCUUCGAUUCUCGAAGGUUAGACCGAAGAAUGUACCGGAGACGUUUAGUUUCGUGGGUAGAGAGUUCUUUGGACUGUCUUACAAUGUCUUGGACAGUUUGAAACAGACGUUCUUGAACUUCUCUCAAACCGCUAGUAAAGUCGCUGGUCCAGUUGCGAUCAUUGCUGUUGGAGCGGAAGUAGCGAGAUCAAACGCGGAUGGUCUAUACCAGUUUGCUGCAUUGCUGAAUCUAAACCUUGCGGUGAUCAAUCUGUUGCCUUUACCGGCUCUCGAUGGUGGUACAUUGGCUCUGAUUUUGUUGGAAGCUGUUCGAGGUGGGAGAAAGUUACCGUUAGAGGUGGAACAAGGGAUCAUGUCGUCUGGAAUCAUGCUUGUGUUAUUCCUUGGUUUGUUUCUCAUCGUCAAGGAUACACUUAAUCUUGAUUUCAUCAAAGAAAUGUUGUAAUCUUUUUGGAGAUAGAGCACAAAAAAGUAUUUUUUGAAGAGAAUGAGAGAAACCCUAAACAACAUAACGCAAUUGCG